UCAAGCUUAGAAAUGAGCAUAUAAAAUAAACAAACAGAAGCGGUGAAUGGUAAUCGAAAAAUAUGGUGUGAAUAAAAUUGAAACUAUUUAAGAAUAAAAAAUGGCUUCGUCUCAGGACGCUUGGUAUCUUUCUCUAUUAGGUUUAGCCGAAUAUUUCAGGACAUCCAGUCCUCCAAUGAUCAAAUGUUGUAUUCAAUGUUUACAAGCUGUUUUUAAUUUUAAACCGCCGCAAAGAGUUGAAGCAAGAACUCACCUACAACUCGGUAAUAUUUUAUUAACACACACCAAAAAUAUCGAUUUAGCUAAGAAUCAUUUAGAACAGGCCUGGUUAUUAUCUCAGUCAAUUAAUUCGUUUGAUGACGUGAAGUUUGAAGCCGCCAGCGUUUUAGCUGAAUUAUACGAACAGCAAGAACAAAUAUCCCUAUCGAAACCAAUUUUAAGGAAAGCUAUUGAGUUAUCACAACAUAAUGUGUAUUGGCAUUGUAGACUGAUAUUCCAACUAGCACAAAUUCAUGCAACUGAGAAAGAUUAUACCCUCGCAAGUAGUUUAUUAGGUGUUGGUGUAGAUUAUGCUCAUAUUUCAAAUGCUUCUUAUACAAGAGUAUUAUUUUUGUUAAGUAAAGGAAUGUUAUUAUUAAUUGAUAAAAAAUUGCAAGAAGUGCAACAAGUUUUAAACCAAGCCGGACAUUUAAUUGAGACGUGGACGGGAGCUGUUUAUCAAAAAGAAUAUGUUAAAGUAUAUUUUCUUGUUUUACAAGUAUGUCAUUAUCUAAUGGCUGGUCAAGUUAAAAGUGUUAAACCGUGUUUAAAGCAGCUCCAACAGAGUAUACAAACUAUUAUGGCUUCCGAUGAUGUUUUUAUGGGUCCAAGUGCGGGUGAUAUGUUUUUGUGGAUGCCGAAAGAACAUUUGUACGUUCUGGUUUAUUUAGUCACCGUUAUGCAUAGUAUGCAGGCCGGUUAUAUGGAAAAAGCCCAAAAAUAUACUGAUAAGGCUUUAAUGCAGAUUGAAAAAUUGAAAAUUGUAGAUAAUAAACCGAUUCUAUCAGUAUUCCAAUUAAUGUUAUUGGAACAUAUAAUAAUGUGCCGUUUAGUAAUGGGUAAUAAAACGCAAGCUCUACAAGAAAUAUCAUCAGCGGCUGCAUUAUGCAAACAAAGUCCCCGUCUAUUAGAAACUCACGGACCUCAACUGCAUACUUUAUUAGGAUUAUAUUCUAUGAGUAUGAAUUGUAUGGAAGCAGCGGAAGCUCAAUUUAUAGCUGCCUUAAACACGUCUAGAGAAAGAGAACUUUGGACAUUCGCUAAUCUCAAUUUGGCUAUUGUUUAUUUAAGGGGUAAAAGAGAAGCAGAUUUUAACGCUUUACAUGAUAGAAUUAAUCCGGAAAGUCUUCCUUCGCAUUCUCACAGCUUAAGAGCAGCAGCUUAUUACGUACAAGGCUUACAAGCUUUCUUUCAAGGUAGAUAUAAUGAAGCAAAGAGAUACCUCAGGGAGACGUUGAAAAUGGCCAACGCCGAAGACUUAAAUAGAUUAACGUCAUGUUCUUUGGUUCUUCUAGGUCAUAUAUUUUUAUCUUUGGGUAAUAGCAGGGAAAGUAUGAACAUGGUAACGCCUGCUAUGCAAUUGGCAAGCAAAAUACCCGAUGUACACGUUCAAUUAUGGGCUUCGGCUAUUCUCAAAGAUUUGAAUCGUAUUUGUGGGGAUACGCAACAAGAAAACGAAUCGUAUCAGAGACACGUUAAUUUUUCACAGAUGUUAUUAACAGAUCAUUUUCAAGCAUCUCAAAUGCCCGAACAUAAUCUUAUAAUGUGGACGCAUGGUAAUUUCCCAACGGAUACUCCAACUACUUCGAAUAGUCUCAUAUAAACUGGUCGGUGUGAGUUCUCUUUGGGCUUUCUUAAAAACAUCCCUCUAGGUCUUCUUUUAAGCACCUUCUAAACCUUUUUGUUUCUUAAAACAACCAUUUUUUUCCUUAUUUUGUUUCAUUAUUACAAGUUUGAGGUUUAUGUACAUAACCGUUGAUGGUCUGAUCAGUCCUUUAGCUUGGUGAACAUCUUUUUAUCCAACUAUCAACUUUUUUCUAUCGAAUUAUCUCUUUGAUCUUCUUCCAACCAUCUCCAGAUCUUUUUGUUUCCUAAAACUAUCAUUUUUUUCUUAUUUUGCUUCAUUAUUACAAAUUUGAGGUUUUGAGCUUCAUUUCCAAAACCGUUGAUGACCUUCUCAACCAUUCACUAUCAUCUCAUCCAACUAUUAACCUUUCUUUUCGAUCGGAUUACAAGGAAUCAUCUACUUCCGUUGAGAAUAUACAUAUUCGUAGAUGAUUUUUUGAACCUGAUCAGUCCAUUAGGUUAAGGAAUUCCUUGUAGUUCCUUUUCCGAAACUAUCAGUCUCUAGAGAUUGUGAUUAUAUAUUUUAAGUAAAAUUAGAUACGUACCUUUAAGUCUAAUAUUUCUCAACAUGUGGUGGUGAUUUAAUUAUUUUUACUUCCUAUUUAUUAUUACUUACCUGAUAUGAUGAUUUAUCUUCCACUGUUAUAUUUGGUUUAUCGAUUUUAAAACAACGUCCAACAUGGUCGUGUAUCUGUAUGUUACGGUUUUAACUGCAGAUUUAGGCCUUAUUGACUUUUUUUAUCAUACACACUUUAUACAUUUUAUUAUUUUAUUUAAUAUAAAAAUAUUGUUAGUCCCCUAUAUAGAAUUUUUCCAUGAAAUGCGUGGAUUAUUAAUACAGACUUUUUUUAAUAUAAUUUAUAUUUACACGAAUAUAUUAAAUUGUCUUUUAUCAAUUCACUUGGUAAUAAUUUUAAAUCAGCAUCUUUAUAAAUAUUUUUUGAAAAUACUAGUUUUUUUUUUAAUUUAAUCCUGUGAAUACUAAUAACCCUGAAGGUGAAAAAUGAAACGUAUCCUGAAAAGAAUUAGGCACAAAUAACAUUUUUUAAUUGUUUUAACACGUUAACUGCCAAUUAUGUCAACUAACUUCCCCGAAGUGACUUUUGUUACAUAUAUUAAUAGGAAAUGAUUCGUGAAA